UUUUUAUUUUAUUUCGCCAAAAAUGGUUUCCUACGUGGAAAUUAAGGGAUUCGAUGAUUUUUCAAAAUAUACGGAAAACAUAGACCCAAAGGGACCACCUGUGUUUUUCUUCUUCAGCGGUGCUAAAUUACCAAGUGGAAAUAGUUGGUGCCCUGACUGUGUCGAAGCUGAACCAAUUGUAAAAUCGUACCUUGGGGAGCUACAGAAAAGUGUUACUUUUGUCUACGUGGAUGUUGGAGACAGGGAUUACUGGAAGGACAAAGCUUGCCCCUUCAGGACAGACAGCCGCACAAGCCUGAUGGUAAUCCCCACCAUCAUCAAGUGGAAAGGAGUCCAGAGACUCGAGGGCAGCCAGUGCAACAAACGAGACCUCCUGCAGAUGAUGUUUGAGGAGGAAGAGUGAACGACUGACGCCUACUGUAAUAUAAACUUAAAAUGUAUAUAUCCAAUGUAAUCAUAAGACAGCUGCAUAUUUUUCAGUAAAUAUUUACAUUUGAA